CUUUCAUCAAUCAUCAAUCUGAUAUCAAUUGUUUUAUACGUCGCAAUGUUUGUCUGCCCGCGUACAGGUGGAAAGCUGCCUCCCUCGAUUUCUUCCCUUGUUCAGCUUCCCGCUGCUACGUCACCAUCUUAUCCCCGACAGGUCGCAACCCUUCAACGUCACUAUCGAGCGUUAUCAAAUCAGGCCCGAUGUCAGGGCGCGAUCAACCACCCGAAAUGCUCAGCUAAAACAUUAACUCCGAGCAAUGCAUCCACACCCCGCAUCCCUCAUCGUCCGAUCUCAUCUUCAACACCCACAAAUGGCCCAAACCAGGAAGUGUGGCGUGUCGAAUCAACAUCGCCCACUGAACCCACAAUCGACGCCAUCUUCGAGACCAACACCGGAACAUGGCAAUAUCUAAUAUCCGACCCUGCAACCUCCUCGGCUGUCAUCAUAGACCCAGUCCUGGAUUUCGACCGGACCACCCAAACCGUGAGCACCCGAAGUGCCGAUUCCUUGCUCAGGAUGGUGAGAGACCGCGGGUACAAAAUCGAGAUGAUACUCGAAACCCAUGUGCACGCUGAUCAUCUCACCUCGGCGGCUUAUCUCCAGCAACACCUUGCUCAAAGCCAAGGAUUUAAGCCACCGAUCGGGAUCGGGAAGCGGAUCGAAAAGGUCCAGACUCUGUUCGGUCACAGAUAUGCAGUGCCAAUGGGCGAAUAUACGGCAGUGUUUGACAAGUUAUUUGAUGAUGAUGAAACGUUCAAGAUUGGGAAUCUGACUGCCAUGGCGGUUCAUUUACCUGGUCAUACGCCCGAUCAUCUUGGGUAUCGUAUUGGAGGUAUGUACUCUCUUCCUCACCCAUUCAUUACUCAUAUUAUCUUGCUAGUAAAUGAUAUAGAGAACAUCUUCUGCGGCGACUCAAUCUUCCACGCCGACAUCGGUACCGCACGCUGCGACUUUCCCGGUGGAAGUGCGCGUGACCUUUUCCGGUCUGGGAGAAAGCUCCUAAGUUUCCCGGGUCAUUUCAAGAUCUGGACAGGCCAUGAUUAUCCUCCCGCGGAUCGAGAACAACCAAGACCUUGGAUGAGUGUGCAGGAGCAUAGACAGCAAAACAAGCACUUGAAGGACGGCACGACGGAAGAGCAAUAUGUUUCCCUCCGGGAGGCGCGUGAUGCACAGAUGCAGGCUCCAAAGCUGCUUCAUCAGUCUCUGCAGAUUAAUAUUCGGGCGGGACAGUUACCCACUCCCACGGAGGCAGGGCAUCGGAUGGUUCAUGUUCCGAUGAAGUUUGAGGGUGGGGAGUGGUGACGAUUUGGUUAGCUGUGUGUAUAUAGUGUGGUUUAUUGUAUGAUAAAGAAGCGGGGUAUGGUACUGCAUCUCCACUAUUAGAUAAUUAUUCCAUCAUGAUUAGGAUGGUUCAUCGAUUCAUGGUCGUCGGAAUGUUCUUAUAUUUGAGGCU